AUGCAAGCCGUCCGCGUUCACCCCUCGCCAACAACGGCCUAUUCCCCAACAAACCCAGCACCAACAACAUCCCUCCACAUCGACACAAUCCCAGUCCCAACACCAGGCCCAGGCCAACUCCUCAUCAAAAUCAAAGCCACAACCAUCAUCCGAGACAUGCUCACAUGGCCCGAGACAUACGCCAAACACUAUACAAUCCCCGGCUACGACUUUUCCGGAAUCGUAGCCGCGACAACCCCAAACUCCAACUUCAAAAUCGGCGACGAGGUCUUCGGCAUGGCGCACGCAGACCGAGGCUCAACAUGGGCGCAGUAUGCCAUCGUACAAGAAGAUGAAGUCGCGCGCAAACCUGCAUUGAGCUGGGAAGAGGCCGCGGCGUUACCGCUGAGCGCGCAGACGGCGUACGAGGCGCUUUUUGUUCACGCCGGGCUUGUGGCGCCGGCGGUAGGAGAGGUAGAAGAUCAGGAGCAGAAAUAUGGCAAGGACCACAAGGUCGAUAAGCGUGUUCUGGUUACUGGGGCUGCGGGUGGGGUUGGGAUUUGUUUGGUUCAGCUUGCUGCGUGGGCGGGCGUCCAUGUUGUUGCGGCGAGUAGUUCGGACGAGAGGAAUAAGGAGUUUUUGAAGGGCCUGGGGGCUGAUGAGGUUGUUGAGUAUGGCGUUUUGGAGGGGACGUUUGAUGUUGUUAUUGAUUGUGUUGGUGGGACCGUGUUGGAGAGAUGCUGGUCGGUCGUGAGAGAUGCUGGUGUGUUGAUCUCAGUUGAUUCGGCGAGUUUUGACUUUGUGAAUUUGCACUUGAAGUCUGGAAUUGGCAGGAAGUGUGUCAAGGCAUUGUUCUUUAUUGUCGAGGGUGGGAGUGCUCUGGGUGUUUUGGGGGAGUUGGCAGGUCGGGGACUUUUGAGGUCUUUUGUUGCAGCUUCGUUCGACUUUGAAAGAAUCAGGGAAGCUUAUGACUUUGCUAAUGGUCGGUUUGAGGGCAGAGGCAAAGUGGUAUUGACAAUCUGA